GGCUUUGGUGGGGAGGGAGGCAGGUGAGGGAGGGAGAAGGGGAGUCGCAGCCGCCCGCCGAGGGGCAGCCCUGGGCUGCUGGCCGGGCCUGAUCGCAGCUCCCUGGCCAGAGGCGUCCAGUCCCGCCGUCCAGGGUGCUUCAGCCCCCAUGGCAGUCCCGCCUCUUCUCGCCUCGUGGGACCCUCCGAGGGCUCCAGCCUUUCCUCCGCAAGCAGCGCGGCGGCGGGUGCCGGUUCUCCUCUGACUCGCCCGCGCGUCAUUUGCACGGAAGAUAAGCAGAUGAUGCAGGAAGUACCUUAUUUUGCAAGAUAAAUUGGUGUUGAAGAAGAAAGGAAGAAGCUGCUUUCACUCAUUGGCUUCUGUGGAUAAGUCUCGACUAUCCUCACUCCUGUCCAAAGAAGAAGAUGCCUGUGAUAAUUGAUCAACUCCAGAUGAAUCAAACAAGGGAAAUGCUGUAGAUAUCGCACAUCAAGGGAAGGUGUCCAGGUUGACAUGACUUUCAUCUUUUUAGCAGCUGGAUCCGAAUCCCUCUCAGAAGCCAUGGCCACCACAAAUCCUCUGGAGACCCUCCAAGUGGAAGCCAGCUGUUCUGUCUGUCUGGAGUACCUGAAAGACCCUGUGAUCAUUGACUGUGGCCACAACUUCUGCCGGGUGUGCAUCACCCGCUGGUGGGAGGACUUGAACCGAGACUUCCCUUGCCCCGUGUGCCGUAAGACUUUCCGCCACCGCUCUCUGAAGCCCAACCGGCAGCUGGGCAACAUGGUAGAGAUUGCCAAGCAACUCCAGGUCACCAAUAAGCGAAAGAUAAGGGAUGAGAACUUAUGUGAGAAGCAUAAUGAAGUGCUUCGCCUCUUCUGUAAGGAAGACCAGGAGGCCGUUUGCUUAGCGUGCGAGAUCUCCCACGAACACCGUUCCCAUACAGUUGUGUCCUUGGAUGAUGCCUCUCAGGAAUACAAGGAAAAGAUGCAGAAAUGUUUGGAGCCAUUGGAAAAGAAAUUGCAAGAGAUUGCCCACUGCAAAUCCCGAGAAGAAAAGAAGGCCGGGGAACUCAAGCGGAAGGUUGAGGACCGUCGUCAGCUCAUCAUUAGUGAGUUUGAGGAGCUACAUCUGUUUCUAGCAGAGGAGCAGGAAAUAUUAAUGCAACGCCUAGAAAAUGAGGAGAAGGAAAUUUUGCAGAAGUUGAAGGAAAAUGUGGCGGAGUUGUCAGAGCAGCGGAUUGCCCUCAACAGCCUUAUCACUGAAAUCGAGGAGAAGUGUUUGCAGUCGGGCAUGGACAUGCUCAAGGACGUGAGGAGCACUUUUGAGAGAUGUGAAGAGGCGCAAGCCCACGAGUCAAGUCAGGUCUCUGUUGAGCUGGAAAAAAAUUUCUACAAUUUCCCAAGACAGUACUUUGUCCUGCGCAAAAUUAUUAAAAGGCUCACGGGAGAUUUGACCCUCGACCCAGAAACGGCUCACCCCAACUUGCUGCUCUCCGAGGACCGCAGGAGCGUCAAGUUUGUGGAGCAGCGCUUGCGAGAUCUGCCCGAUAGCCCAAAACGUUUUACAAUCUAUCCUUGUGUGCUGGCCACAGAAGGUUUUAUUUCAGGCCGUCACUACUGGGAAGUAGAGGUGGGAGAAAAGACUCAUUGGGCACUGGGGGUUUGUAAGGACUCAGUAAGCCGUAAGGGGGAAACAACCUCUGUCCCAGAGACUGGCUAUUGGCGGGUACGGCUACUCAAUGGAGAGAAAUACGCAGCUACCACAACCCCGUUCACUCCGCUGCACAUCACUAUCAAGCCUAAGCGAGUAGGCGUCUUCCUGGACUACGAGGCAGGCAAGCUCUCCUUCUACAACGUGACGGACCGUUCCCAUAUGUAUACUUUUACCGAUACUUUCACCGAGAAACUUUGGCCUUUUUUCUACCCGGGAAUCCGAGCUGGGCGCAAAAAUGCGGCCCCCCUAGUCCUCCGGCCGCCCACAGACUGGGAAUAAGGAAAUGACCUAAUCCCCACCUUCCUUUGCUACGCUUAGCUCUUGAAUUGUGUAGAGAGAGUUUUUUCAACUCGGUUUCUCUGUGGGAAAGUGAGCCGGUGUCAGUGGCCUGCAACACCGUCCCCAACCAGAAGAAGCGAAGCAUCACAGAAGGGAAGAGCUUCCACACCUAGUGUUUAAUGUUAGGCUUCUAAAGCUAUUAAGGUGACGUUACACUAGGAAAGGUUUGGAGAAGGCAAACCUCUGCUAAGGGGCAACAAAGACCUUGUACUUUUCUGUAAUCUGCAACUUCAGUUUCUGAAAUUUUGGAUUGCAGUUGCAUCUGGGGGGAAAAACCUCUUUAAGCUUAGUAUAGUGUUCAGCAAUGAACCAUAUAAGAUUGCAUCGGCGGUGGGCAAAGCUGGUCAGAUGUGGGACCUUCUGUGCAUUGUAGAGGGAGGGGUUCUCCCUUUGAAGGGGUUACAACCAGGUUUAACUGUUGCUUGUAUAAAUGGUGGGAAAUGAUCUAUUACUCGACAGUCUGUUUUUACUGGCAGGUCGAGUGGAUGCAGAAUAGGAGGAAACUAGUGCAUAGUGAGAAUGCUAUAUAAGCCAGGGAAGCUAAGAAAAUAAUUCUCUCCAAGCUGAUUGUUCAAAGCCACCAGUGGCUUGCCAAAGCUUUUUUAUUCAGUAAGUUGGAAAGGACCUUGGAGGUCAUCUAGUCCAAUCUCCUGCUCAGGCAGGAAAUCCUAUAUCAAGGAUCGUCAACCUUAAACCCUCAAAGAGCCACUUGGACCGGUUUCCCAGAGCAAAGAAAACACUGGGAGCUGGAAAAAACAGGAGGGGGGGAGCUUGAUUGAAGAGUUUAAUUAAAAAGAAGUAGAGGCUGCUGUGCAUGAGUU